GAGAAGAGAGGAGACCCCGAGGCUCCCGGGGAAGCAGAGAGGCGUUUCUUUUCCUCCCGCCUCGGCUCCUGCCGCCGGGGGAUGCGCCCGGGCUGAGAGGGGCUCGGCUCCCUCCCGACGCUCAGCCCUCCUCCUCAUCCUCCUCCUCCUCCUCCUCCUUCUCCUCCUCCUCCUCCCCCCCAUCCAGCAGCAUGCAUCCCUCUCCGCGGAGACCGGCCGCUGCCACCUCCAACCCUGCCAUGCUCCUGCUGCUCCUGUGCCUGGGCUGGGCUCCGCCGGGCUGGGGCUGGCCGCGGGGCAGCUCCCGGGGGGCUGCCGGGCUGCCCCCCAACGCCACCACGCCGAUCUCCAUCAUGGGCUUGAUGCCCCUCAGCCAGUCCGAGGAGGACCAGAAGAGCAAGAUCGGCCGGGGGGUGCUGCCCGCCGUGCAGCUGGCCAUGGAUCAGAUCCGCAACGAGUCCCUGCUCAACCCCUAUUUCUUGGACCUGCGCCUCUACGACACGGAGUGUGACAAUGCAAAAGGACUCAAAGCCUUCUAUGAUGCAAUAAAAUAUGGACCUAAUCAUCUGAUGGUUUUUGGUGGCGUAUGUGCAACAGUUACAUCUAUCAUUGCUGAAUCUCUAAAGGGAUGGAAUUUGGUUCAGCUUUCAUUUGCAGCAACAACCCCAGAGUUGGCUGAUAAGAAAAAAUAUCCUUAUUUCUUCCGGACAGUGCCAUCUGAUAAUGCAGUAAAUCCAGCAAUUUUGAAGUUACUCAAGUAUUAUCAGUGGAAGAGAGUAGGAACUUUGACCCAGGACGUACAAAGGUUCUCUGAGGUGAGGAAUGAUCUGACUGGUGUCCUGUAUGGUGAAGAUAUCGAAAUUUCAGACACUGAGAGUUUCUCCAAUGAUCCGUGCACAAGUGUAAAGAAGCUUAAGGGUAAUGACGUUCGGAUAAUCCUUGGCCAGUUUGAUGAGGAAAUGGCUGUGAAAGUUUUCUGCUGUGCUUAUGACGAAGAAAUGUAUGGCAGCAAAUAUCAGUGGAUUAUUCCAGGGUGGUAUGAAAACCUUUGGUGGGAAUCCUGGAUUAAUUCCUCACAGUGUCUCAGCAAAAAUCUUCUUGCAGCCAUGGAAGGUUAUAUUGGAGUGGAUUUUGAGCCUCUCAGUUCAAAAAUGAUAAAGACCAUAUCAGGAAGGACUCCACAGCAAUAUGAAAGGGAAUACAAUGCUAAACGAGGUGAUGGGCAAUCCAGCAAAUUUCAUGGUUACGCCUAUGACGGAAUAUGGGUGAUUGCCAAGACUCUGCAGCGGGCAAUGAAGUAUCUCAAUGCCACUAACAAGCACCAAAAAAUUGAAGAUUUUAACUAUACAAAUCACAAACUUGGCAAAAUUUUUCUGGAUGCUAUGAAUGAAACCAACUUCUUUGGAGUAACGGGUCAAGUUGUUUUCAGAAAUGGAGAGAGGAUGGGAACCAUCAAGUUUACGCAGUUCCAAGAAAGAAAGGAAGUGAAGGUGGGAGAGUAUAAUGCUGUAGCUGACACACUGGAAAUAAUCAACAACAGCAUCAGGUUCCAAGGACUUGAGCCUCCAAAGGACAAAACAAUUAUACAAGAGGAGCUACGCAAGAUCUCUCUGCCUCUCUACAGCAUCCUUUCAGCCCUCACCAUCUUAGGAAUGAUAAUGGCCAGUGCUUUCCUCUUUUUUAAUAUCAAAAACAGAAAUCAGAAACUAAUAAAGAUGUCCAGUCCCUACAUGAACAACCUUAUUAUCCUUGGAGGGAUGCUUUCUUAUGCAUCUAUUUUUCUGUUUGGUCUUGAUGGAUCCUUUGUCUCCGAAAAGACAUUUGAGACACUUUGCACAGUCCGAACAUGGAUUCUUACAGUGGGAUAUACAACUGCAUUUGGAGCAAUGUUUGCAAAAACGUGGAGAGUUCACGCAAUUUUCAAAAACGUAAAAAUGAAGAAAAAGAUCAUUAAAGACCAGAAGCUACUGGUGAUAGUUGGAGGGAUGCUACUGAUUGAUCUUUGCAUCCUGAUUUGCUGGCAGGUUGUGGAUCCUUUGAGAAGGACAGUGGAAAAGUAUAACAUGGAGCCGGACCCUGCGGGCAGAGACAUCUCCAUCCGACCGAUCCUGGAGCACUGCGAGAACACACACAUGACAAUUUGGCUUGGGAUUGUCUAUGCAUAUAAAGGGCUGCUGAUGUUAUUCGGUUGUUUCUUAGCCUGGGAGACACGAAAUGUCAGCAUUCCUGCUUUGAACGAUAGCAAAUACAUCGGAAUGAGUGUAUACAAUGUGGGCAUAAUGUGCAUAAUUGGUGCUGCUGUUUCAUUCCUUACUCGGGACCAACCCAACGUGCAGUUCUGUAUCGUUGCUUUAGUCAUAAUAUUCUGCAGCACCAUUACUCUCUGCCUUGUGUUUGUACCUAAGCUCAUCACACUGAGAACAAAUCCAGAUGCAGCCACACAGAACAGAAGAUUUCAGUUCACUCAAAAUCAAAAGAAAGAAGACUCAAAAACAUCAACAUCGGUCACCAGCGUCAAUCAGGCCAGCACAUCUCGACUAGAAGGAUUGCAGUCAGAGAACCACCGCUUGAGAAUGAAAAUUACAGAGCUGGACAAAGACCUAGAAGAGGUCACAAUGCAGCUUCAGGACACUCCUGAGAAAACAACAUACAUUAAGCAGAACCACUAUCAGGAUCUUAAUGACAUUCUCAGUAUACGGAACUUCACAGACAGCAAAGAUGGCGAGAAAGCAAUUUUGAAAAAUCAUCUUGAUCAAAAUCCACCAGUACAGUGGGGCACAUCAGACCCUUCCAGAACGAGCAAAGAUCCUAUAGAAGACAUCAACUCUCCAGAACACAUACAGCGUCGGCUGUCUUUGCAGCUGCCCAUCCUUCAUCACGCCUACUUGCCGUCCAUAGGAGGAGUCGACGCUAGCUGUGCCAGUCCCUGCGUAAGCCCCAGCGCCAGCCCCCGGCACAGACACGUGCCGCCAUCCUUUCGAGUGAUGGUUUCUGGGCUGUAGGAAAGGGAGAUCAGUGCUUCCUGAACUGCUUUUAAGUACUCGAUGACUGGACUAAACAUCUGACAUAGAACUCAGCUACAAACACAUAACAUUGGCUCUGACCACAGAGGAACUACUGCUGAGGCCACCGCCACAGGAGUGCCAGGGUAGCUCAUGUGGGAAGGCAAAGGAGAAGGACGCAAGGAGCUUGAUCUGUAGCCUUAUUCAUGGAGUUUUUAUUUCUUCACAAAGAAGUCACUGGAAACAUUUCUUCCCAAAUUUCUACGAGCAACAAGGAGGCUGGGAAAUACGGAUCUUGCAAAAAAGACACUAGGAAACAAAAACAAAACAAAACAAAACAAAACAAAAACAAACACUCAAAUGUCACUGAGCUUUACGUGGCUGCUGAGAACAUGCAAUCCUAUACUGUAUCCAUGUACGGAAAAAUACAGCGGUUGAGCUAUAACAUAUUUAUUGAAAUAGAUACACUCAUUUUUACAAGAGUUGUGUUAAAUUGCUGGAAACAUUCUGCACUGGUUAGUCUUGCUUGUUUUCAUUUCAGGGAUGAUGUUCGGUAGGAAAGGCGGAUUGUGAAAUGGUUCCUCGGGUGUCACUGAGACUCCACAGUGCUGCGAGCAGGGUCACCUCUAACUAGCAACGGUACGCAAAGCCCAAGCAGAGGCUGAAGCUACAGCUCCGCAUCGCUACCAGCUGGAGAGCUGCUGGUUGGGGUCAGAGCACUUUACCCUUUUCCGGGGAUGGUGGUAGUGAGUGCUGACCACCUGCAGCUUUGUUUUAGCAAAGUUUUGGCAUCUAUUUCAGAGUAAACACCACCAAGCGUAACGUACUACACUGUCUGGAAACGUCCUAGGGCUGAUAACUCAAGAAGCUGGGGACAGCUGGGUAGUAAAGUCUUAAUGUCACAGGGUGGAUUGUUUUUCAUAGUUUGUUUGAAUUUUGUCACACAUAAUUACAAUAAAAUUAAUUUAGCGGACUUGGGGGGGGGGGGGAGGGGUUGGGGCACAGCACUUUGCGGCUGCAGGCUUUGCCUGCGGAACACAUAGAGGUUAAUAUACACUAUGUUUGCUUUGUACCUGCGUGUGUGACAGUUGUAGCGGACAAUAGACAGGACAGAUCAAAUUUACCAACAGAAUAUUUCAUUUUAAUCCUAAAAGGACUGUGAAACAACAACAAUAACAAUGGGUUUUACACUUUAGCUCCCUCCCCUGAACAGAAGUAAUUAGGAGGAAUGAUAGUGGCACACCAUCUGGACCAGCUCUGGAGCCAAACCCUCCGCCACAGGUGAGAUACACAUGCAGCUUCUUUUUCCAAGGGACUGGAAAUGUGGCAUCUCCCUGCCAAGGCUGUUUACUGGGAGCAGGG